GGGGCCGGGGGCGCGCGGGCCGGAGCGGACUGGGACGCGGCGGCGGUUGGCGGCGGCCGGUGAGAGUCCGGCCAGCACUGUGAGGGGCGGCGGCGGAGCGCCCGCGGCGCUGGCAGAGGCGGCGACAGCGGUCGAGGCGGCGGUCCAGCGCGUGCUCUCUGGGCGGGCGCGGCGGGCGAUGUGCCUGCCCAGGCCGGGCGGAGUCUCUCUGACAGGGCGGGGGAUGCGCGGCGGCCGUCUGCCCGGACCCUGAGGCGGCUGGGCCCACCCGCUGGGGACCGUGCGACCCUCUGUGCCUUCGGCCUCUGCCGUCCCCUCCGGCCUCACCGGGGGCCGCGGCUGGGAGGCGGUUUCCGCCGAAGAGAAGGGGGCUGCGGUGGCCACCGCGGCGGAGCCCGAGUUCUUUUACAAAAAUGGUUUGCAUAGUCUUGAACACAUACUAUUCAUGCUGAUGGGACAGGAUCCAAUAUGAAUGUAAAUGAUGGAGGAAGACGACGCUUUGAGGAUAAUGAACACACGUUACGUAUAUACCCUGGGACAAUUGCAGAAGGGACAAUCUACUGUCCAGUUCCUGCCAGAAAGAACUCCACAGCUGCUGAGGUGAUUGACUCUCUUAUAAACAGACUUCAUCUUGACAAAACAAAAUGUUACGUUUUAGCAGAGGUAAAGGAAUUUGGUGGAGAAGAAUGGAUACUCAAUCCAACGGACUGUCCAGUUCAGCGAAUGAUGUUGUGGCCCCGAAUGGCUCUGGAAAAUCGCUUGAGUGGAGAGGACUACCGCUUUCUUCUAAGAGAAAAAAACCUCGAUGGAUCGAUCCAUUAUGGUAGUCUUCAGUCAUGGCUACGGGUAACAGAAGAACGUCGAAGGAUGAUGGAACGGGGUUUUCUUCCACAGCCUCAGCAGAAAGACUUUGAUGACUUAUGUAGCUUACCUGAUUUGAAUGAGAAAACUCUCUUAGAAAACCUACGGAAUCGCUUUAAGCAUGAAAAAAUUUAUACCUAUGUUGGCAGUAUUCUAAUAGCUAUUAACCCAUUUAAGUUUCUUCCUAUUUAUAACCCCAAAUAUGUCAAAAUGUAUGAUAACCACCAAUUGGGAAAACUUGAGCCUCACAUUUACGCCGUGGCUGAUGUAGCUUACCAUGCCAUGCUUCAGCGCAAAAAGAAUCAGUGCAUCGUGAUUUCAGGAGAGAGUGGUUCUGGGAAGACUCAAAGCACAAACUUUCUUAUUCACCAUCUUACUGCUCUCAGUCAGAAAGGAUUUGCCAGUGGAGUGGAACAAAUUAUUCUUGGAGCUGGACCAGUACUUGAGGCCUUUGGAAAUGCAAAGACAGCUCAUAAUAACAAUUCAAGUCGUUUUGGCAAGUUUAUUCAAGUAAAUUACCAAGAAACAGGCACUGUACUUGGUGCCUAUGUUGAAAAAUAUCUAUUGGAGAAGUCCAGACUCGUUUAUCAAGAGCAUAAUGAACGGAACUAUCAUGUAUUCUAUUACCUCCUGGCAGGAGCAAGUGAAGAAGAGAGAUUAGCAUUCCAUCUUAAACAGCCAGAAGAAUAUCAUUAUCUCAAUCAGAUAACAAAGAGACCCCUCAGACAGAGCUGGGAUGAUGGUUGCUAUGACUCUGAGCCGGAUUGCUUCACGGUGGAGGGGGAAGAUUUGAGGCAUGACUUUGAACGCUUACAAUUAGCCAUGGAGAUGGUAGGAUUCCUUCCCAAGACACGAAGACAGAUUUUCUCUCUUCUCUCAGCAAUACUACAUUUGGGUAAUAUCUGUUACAAAAAGAAGACAUACCGGGAUGACUCCAUAGAUAUCUAUAACCCUGAGGUGCUGCCUGUUGUCUCGGAACUGUUAGAAGUUAAAGAAGAGAUGCUCUUUGAAGCAUUGGUUACGAGGAAGACUGUGACAGUGGGAGAAAAGCUUAUUUUACCGUACAAGCUGGCAGAGGCUGUGACAGUGAGGAACUCCAUGGCUAAGUCUUUAUAUAGUGCCCUGUUUGACUGGAUAGUUUUUCGGAUUAAUCAUGCACUUAUGAAUAGUAAAGAUUUGGAGCAAAAUACCAAGACUUUGUCCAUUGGUGUUCUUGAUAUUUUUGGGUUUGAAGAUUAUGAAAAUAACAGCUUUGAACAGUUCUGUAUUAAUUUUGCUAAUGAACGUUUACAACACUACUUUAAUCAGCAUAUCUUUAAAUUGGAGCAAGAGGAAUAUAGAAGUGAAGGUAUAAGCUGGCACAAUAUAGAUUAUAUUGAUAAUACCUGUUGCAUAAAUCUUAUUAGCAAGAAACCAACAGGACUGCUCCAUCUUUUGGAUGAAGAAAGCAACUUUCCACAGGCUACAAACCAAACGCUGCUAGACAAAUUUAAGCAUCAGCAUGAGGAGAGUCCUUACAUUGAGUUUCCAGCUGUGAUGGAGCCUGCUUUCAUCAUAAAACAUUAUGCCGGGAAAGUAAAAUACGGGGUAAAGGAUUUCCGGGAAAAAAAUACAGAUCACAUGCGCCCGGACAUUGUAGCUCUUCUGAGAAGCAGCAAGAGUGCGUUUAUCUCCGGGAUGAUUGGAAUUGACCCCGUCGCUAUUUUCCGAUGGGCAGUUCUCCGAGCUUUUUUCAGAGCCGUGGUUGCUUUCAGGGAGGCUGGGAAAAGACACAUUCAGAGAAAAACCGGACAUGAUGAUACAACGCCAUGUGCAAUUUUGAAAAGUAUGGAUAGUAUUAGCUUUCUCCAACACCCAGUCCACCAGAGGAGCUUAGAGAUUCUGCAGAGGUGCAAGGAAGAGAAGUACAGUCUAGCUCGGAAAAAUCCCAGAACACCUCUUUCUGAUCUUCAGGGUGUGAAUACUCUUAAUGAAAAAAACCAACAUGAAACAUUUGAUAUUGCCUGGAAUGGCAGAACUGGGAUUCGCCAGAGCAGAUUAUCAAGUAGCACCUCCUUGCUUGAUAAAGAUGGGAUAUUCUCUAAUUCAGCUAGCAGCAAACUCUUGGAGAGAGCCCAUGGAAUUCUCACGAGAAACAAAAAUUUCAAAUCCAAACCUGUUCUUCCAAAGCACUUGUUGGAAGUGAAGUCUCUGAAGCACCUGAUGAGGCUGACGCUGCAGGACCGCAUCGCCAAGUCGCUGCUGCACCUGCACAAGAAGAAGAAGCCUCCCAGCAUCAGCGCGCAGUUCCAGGCCUCAUUAAGCAAGCUGAUGGAGACACUUGGUCAAGCAGAACCAUAUUUUGUAAAAUGCAUCCGCUCUAAUGCCGAAAAGUUGCCAUUAAGGUUCAGUGAUGCCUUGGUACUUAGACAGCUUCGGUACACUGGGAUGCUGGAGACAGUUCGAAUUCGCCAGUCAGGAUACAGCUGCAAAUACUCUUUCCAGGAUUUUGUGAGCCAUUUCCACGUACUUCUUCCCCGAAAUAUUAUACCAUCCAAAUUUAACAUUCAGGAUUUCUUCAGGAAAAUAAAUCUUAAUCCAGAUAAUUAUCAAGUUGGAAAAUCCAUGGUGUUCCUGAAGGAGCAGGGGCGGCAGCACCUACAGGACCUGCUUCACCAAGAGGUGCUUCGCAGAAUUGCUGUGUUGCAGCGGUGGUUCAGGGCCUUGCUCUGCAGGCAGCACUUCCUCCAGCUGAGGCAGGCAGCCGUUACCAUCCAGCGGUUCUGGAGGGAUUAUCUAAACCAGAAGCAAGUGAGAGAGGCAGCCUCGCAGAAGGAUGCUUUAGCCGUGGCCCACGCGGCCGCCGUUCUGCAGGCCGCCUGGCGCGCGCACCUGGAGCGGCAGCGCUAUUUGGAGCUCCGGGCCGCUGCCGCCCUGGUCCAGCACAGAUGGCGGGAGCGCUGCAGGCGGAGGCACGCGGCUGCCGUCUGCAUACAGGCCAGGUGGAAGGGCUACCGGGAGAGUAAGAGGUAUCAAGAGCGAAGGGAGAAGAUCGUCCUUUUGCAGUCGGCGUGUAGAGGCCUCAGAGCUAGACAAAGAUAUAAAGCUUUAAAAGAACAGAGACUAAAAGAAACAAAACUAGGACUUGGAUUGGCAAAUAUCAAGCCAUAUGCAGCUCUGGAAAUUCAGGGUUCAGACCCUUCAGAGUGGGAGGAUCGUUCCUUUGACGACAGAGUAAAAGCCAUAGAGGAGUGUAAAACUGUGAUAGAGAAUAAUCGAAUCAGCCAGGAGAGUUCAGGGGACUGGGUGAAUGAGUCCCCAGGCAAGCGACAGGAGAGGGCCAGAAGCCAGAGUGGUGUGGACGUGCAGGAAGAUGUGAUUAUGAGAGAGAGACCCAAGUCCUUGGAAGAUCUCCACCAGAAGAAAGUAGGCCGGGCCAAAAGAGAGAGUCGGAGAAUGAGAGAACUAGAGCAAGCUAUAUUUAGUUUAGAACUGCUCAAAGUCCGCUCUCUCGGUGGCACGUCUCCUUCAGAGGAACGCAGGUGGUCUGCAGAACUGGUGCCCGAGGGCCUUCAGUCUCCACGGGGGUCCCCGGACAGUGGAAGCUCUCAAGGCAGCUUGGAACUUCUGAGCUGCGAGGAAGGCCAGAAGAGCAAGCUGGAGCCCGCAAUUCUAGAUGAAGGAGACUUGCCAUUUCUGUCACCUAAGAGAUCUGGCAGUCCAAAUUCUGAGCCACAGGACAGUGCCCUCAGUGCCUCAAGUGAGAUUAACUGUACAUUGAUUCAAAAGGGGGCACCGUCUGACUCGGUGCAUUUGAAGACUGGGACUUCGAAGGAAAAGCUGGUUUGCAGUUCUGAAUCUAUUACCUGUAAACCACCACUGAGAGACUCCUUUAUUUCAAAUAGUCUGCCUACAUUUUUUUACAUUCCUCAUCAAGACCCACUGAAAACGGGUUCCCAACUGGACACGAGUAUCCAGAGAAACAGACAAUUGGAAAGUGAAGAAACACUUCCAGCUCUUACUUUGGGUAUCAACAGGGAAGCCAGAAAGUACCAUUUCUCAGGAGAAAAUCAAGUUGUUGCUUCUUUGAAUACAGAUCCUUCUAACACUGUGCUUAAGAAGUUAGAAAAGCUGAACAUUGAGAAGGAAGAAAGGCAGAAGCAGUUGCAGCAGCAGAAUGAAAAAGAGAUGAUGGCACAGAUUCGCCAGCAAACAGGUAUUUUAGAAAAGGAGCGUAAAGCCUUUAAGACAAUUGAAAAGUCAAGAACUGGUGAGUCUUUUCUGGCACCGUCUGUCCAUCAGUCAAAGCCAAGAGUAGAGAGGCCUUCUUCUCUCCUCAUCCUGAGCACCCCAAGUAAGGAGGAACCCACUGCAGUCGGGACUCCAUCAGUAGCCUUUGUAAAAGAUGCCUCCCUUGCCCCACAAGACAGCCCCUCUGGUCACUUACCCGUGAAGGACCGACCUGUCACCCUGUUCUUUGAAAGGAAAGGAGGCCCAUGCCAGUCUGGUACUAUCAAGGAAUUAGCAAAGACAGACAGACUGUCCACCCAGCUGAAUGUAGCCUCUAAACUCUCUAAUAAUCGUAUUUCAAAAAGAGAACACCUUCGGCCGACUCAGCCUUACAGCCACAAAUCUGAUGACCCUUUCAGAGACGGAACUACUGGGGCCAUUUUCUUCCUGCCGAAGGGGAAUAUGAGUAGUUCCCUUGUCACCAAGGAAGCCUUAAACAGUGGAAAUCCUCAACUCCAUAAACAAGAUGAACCAGCAUGGAAACCUGUGAAGUUAACUGGGCUGGGCCAAGGAGAGCAGGUUGCCAGACCGGCCCAUAAAAAGAAAGCUCGAAUGGCGCGGACGCGCUCCGAUUUCUUGACUAGAGGUACUUUUGCCGAUGGGGAGGGGGAUACAGAGGAAGAUGAUUACGAUGACAUUACUGAGCCCCUUCUCUCCCUUGACCAAGCUUCUCACUCUGAGCUAGGGCCUGCGCCCAGCCUGGGCCAGGCCUCUCACAGUGACUCCGAAAUGACAUCACAGAGAUUUUCUUCAGUUGAUGAAGAAGCAAAACUUCAUAAGACCAUGUCUCAAGGAGAGAUUACGAAGUUGACAGUGAGACAGAAGUCUUCAGAUUCAGAUACAAGACCUCAGAGAGCUAAGAUGCGAUUCUGGGCCAAAGGGAGACAAGGGGAGAAGAAGACUACCAGAGUGAAAGCUGCCACCCACUCGGAGGCUCCGGCAUUCUUUGCUGGCUCUGAUGUGAUUCCCGUUCAUCAGCUUCCAGAUGAAUUAGCUCAGAAUCACCCAACGCCUCCGUUGAGUCCAGAAUUGCCUGGGAGUUGCCGGAAGGAGUGCAAGGAGAACAAAGAGCCUUCUCCAAAGGCAAGGCGCAGGCGCAGUGUGAAGAUCAGCAGCGUGGCUUUGGAGUCGACACACUGGCAGAAUGACUCUGUCCAGAUCAUAGCAAGUGCCAGCGAUUUAAAAAGCAUGGAUGAGUUUCUUCUGAAAAAGAUGAAUGACCUAGAUAAUGAAGACAGCAAGAAAGACACACUAGUGGAUGUUGUAUUUAAAAAAGCCCUGAAAGAAUUUCGGCAGAAUAUCUUCAGCUUUUAUUCAUCUGCAUUGGCGAUAGAUGAUGGGAAAAGCAUCCGGUAUAAAGACCUCUACGCACUGUUUGAACAGAUUCUGGAAAAGACCAUGAGGCUUGAGCAGCGUGAUUGGAGUGAAUCUCCAGUCAGAGUUUGGGUCAACACUUUUAAAGUGUUUUUAGAUGAAUAUAUGAAUGAAUUCAAGACCUUGGAUUAUAUACCAACAAAGGUGCUAAAAACAGAGAGAAAGAAAAGAAGGAAAAAAGAAACUGAUUUGGUGGAGGAGCACAAUGGUCACAUCUUUAAGGCCACCCAAUAUAGCAUCCCUACGUACUGUGAGUACUGUUCUUCUCUGAUAUGGAUAAUGGACCGAGCCUCUGUUUGCAAAUUAUGCAAGUAUGCUUGCCAUAAGAGGUGCUGUCUGAAAACCACAGCCAAGUGCUCUAAAAAGUAUGAUCCAGAGCUGUCAUCUCGACAGUUUGGGGUUGAACUGUCCCGUUUGACCAGUGAAGACCGAACUGUUCCUUUAGUGGUGGAAAAGCUCAUAAACUACAUUGAAAUGCAUGGACUGUACACAGAAGGUAUUUACCGAAAGUCUGGUUCAAAUAAUAAAAUCAAGGAGCUUCGACAAGGUCUAGACACAGAUGCUGAGAGUGUCAACCUGGAUGACUAUAACAUUCACGUCAUUGCAAGUGUAUUCAAACAAUGGCUUCGUGAUUUGCCCAAUCCACUCAUGACCUUUGAACUCUAUGAGGAAUUUCUACGAGCUAUGGGCCUCCAGGAGAGGAAGGAGACCAUCCGUGGUGUAUACUCCGUGAUUGACCAGCUCUCCCGAACUCACCUCAACACCCUGGAGCGGCUCGUCUUUCAUCUGGUCAGGAUUGCUCUACAGGAAGACACUAAUCGAAUGUCUGCUAAUGCUUUGGCCAUUGUGUUUGCCCCCUGCAUCCUCCGCUGUCCUGACACCAUCGACCCACUGCAGAGUGUGCAGGACAUCAGUAAAACUACCACCUGUGUGGAGCUGAUUGUCGUGGAACAGAUGAAUAAAUAUAAGGCUCGUCUCAAAGACAUCAAUAGCCUGGAAUUUGCUGAGAAUAAGGCAAAGACCAGGCUGUCACUGAUUCGUAGAUCGAUGGGAAAGGGGCGUCUUCGUCGAGGAAACUACCCGUGUCCACCCUCUCCUGCCGUAGCUGGGGCGCCCUCCGUGUCUGCUGUCGCAGAGGAGACGCUGACUGGCGAGGCAGCUCUGGAGGCGGGGAUCACAGAGCAGCAGCAGGCAGCCCUGCAGCAAGAGGAGAGGGUGCUGACCGAGCAGAUUGAGAGCCUGCAAAAGGAGAAGGAGGAGCUGACAUUCGAGAUGCUUGUGCUGGAGCCCCGUGCUUCAGACGACGAGACGCUGGAGUCGGAGGCCUCCAUCGGGACUGCUGACAGCUCAGAGAACUUGAACGUUGAGUCUGAAGGUGCCGUCCCUGAGAAGUCAGAGAGAAGCUUAGCCCUUAUCUCCCCGAAGGCAGCUGGCAAGUCUGAACCUUCAAGCAGACUGCGGAAGCAGCUAAAAAAGCAGCAAGACUCACUGGAUUCAGUGGACUCUUCAGCCUCUUCUCUGUGUUCGUCCAGCACUGCGUCUUCUCAUGGGACCAGAAAACGAUUUCAGAUUUAUUCCAAAUCUCCAUUCUACCGAGCUGCCUCAGCUGGCGAGGCCCUGGGAAUGGAAGGGCCACUGGGCCAGACCAAAUCCCUAGAAGACAGGCCUCAAUUCAUCAGCAGAGGAACCUUCAACCCUGAAAAGGGCAAACAAAAAUUAAAGAAUGUGAAAAACUCACCUCAGAAAACCAAAGAGACCCCAGAGGGGACAGUUGUGUCUGGCCGCAGGAGAACUGUGGACCCAGACCGCAGCUCCGCCCAACAGCCAGCUCUCUUUGGGAGCAAUGAGUUUAUGGUCUGAACUGGCUGAUGAGUGUCCCUUCAUGGCUACGGAGUGGUAAACACAUCUCGUCUUUGGGGCCUCUUCUCACCACCUGGUCCACAGUAGCCAUCCUAAUUGUGGUCCUGCCUCUUGCCCGGGCACGCAGCCAGGACCACGUGUGCUCAGUUCCUGGGGCCCCUGCUGGAGCCUGCGAGGGGCGGUGCCGGCUGUGCCUUGGCUGCUGUGCUUGGCUAGAGAUUUCACUGAGCAGAGCACCUGGGGCCUGGGGAUUUGCGGCAGGUGUGGGGGUCUUUGUAGUUGCCGCUCCUCCCUCCUCCUUUCCCCUCCCAGAGGUGAGUGUGGGACUGGGGGGCCGCUGUGGGCCAGAGGGACCCACUGAGUUCUGACAUUUGAAGAAAACAUAUAAAUCUUUCUUAGCCAUGAAAGCAAAAGCCUUUGGGUUUAUUUUGGGAUAGUUAAGAGCUGGGGAAGAAUAUAAUUUUUUCCAAGGAUUUAUAAACAAAGAGCCUAAGCCCUUCUAUUUUAAGAUUUUUGAAAAAACACUCCCUGUUAUAUUCUGGGGAAGGUAGAAGAGCAGUUAUCGCUAUCAGGCCAUCAGGGCGUGUCUCAGACAUCUGGCCACACUAGGAGAAGCCAGCACAGGCUUGGUUUGGGCUUUGAGGGUGGUCAGUGUCACGGUAAUCAGUGCUGGUGUCGCUCCUGGCUGGUUCCUGCCGGACACACUGCACGGGCCGAAGCGUCAGUCCUCGUGCUGCUCUUGCCCUCCCUGACCCUAGAGUCGGGUUCCUCUGAUAUUUUUUAAAUGUCCCAGAGACAUGGUGAUUCCUAAACAUGAGCAUUUCAUCCUAAUCCAUGCAGGCUCUCCUCUUCGUACAGGUUAAACUGAAGGUUGUGUAUGAACCUGUUACCUGCUGGUGGAUUUCCACCAGGAACUCAGACAAAUAAUGUGACCAUUUAAUCACUUCUCCUGAAACACUCACACACAGCACUGCAUGAAUACGUGUUACAGAAAGCUGCCAAAAAAUAAAAGAGAAACGUUUUUAAUAUGACCCAUCUAACUUUUAUCUUCUUUUCCUUGGACCAUCAGUAUUAAAUAGAUAAGUAAAAUCAAGGACUACUUGAAGCUAUUUUUGUUAGUAUUUCUGGUCACUGAAGUUUACUGUAAAUACGUAUGUAUAGUAUGCUUAUCUCUCUUUAUCCUUAUGCUUCCCCCCUUCCCAUGGAAUUUCUUCCCACAGAUUAGGGCCAUUGGACCUGGUGGUGAGGGCACUCAUCCCUGGAUUGAGGGAGAAGUCAGACCAUCUUUCUCACCGCUGGGUGUCUCCACAUACCUGAGUUAUAAAAGCAUUUUAAGCUUGUUAGCAUUUGUGGGAUUAGAAAUCUGUUUUUGCUAUUUAUAAUAUAUGGAAAACGAAACAUGAUACCCUUUCUUGAGAUAAGUAUGUGAAAAUGUUUAUUUUUAAAGUUACUAAAUGCAUCUUGUCUAACUACCACAUGCACUGUUCUUAAAAAAAAAAAAGAGCCUUUACCGUCUGCAACCUGCAUUUUGGUUAUUCUUCCUUCUCCUGCUGCUCUGAUGCGAAGUUGUGGGAAUGCUAAGACUCCUGCUGAGGCAGAGUCUCCCCUGUUACACAGUGCUGACCUCAUGCCGCUGCCUCGGUGGCGUUGUCGAGCCCCAGAGGCCGGACGGGGAACAGCAUUCUGAGGUGCAGCUGCAGCUGGAGGGGGCCUCCCUCUCCCUGGUGUGGGUUCAGAGAUGACCUCGGGAAGGGGAUGUUUUAAAAUCUCCACAGUGAUGAAGGUCAGUGAGUGAAUGCUAGAUGUUACGUCCCUCAGACGUCUGCCAGCUCAUACUGUCCUGAGGAGCGAUAAAGGUAAGCUCUUCAAAGACCUGCGUUUGAGAGGGUCUCCUAGAGUUAACGCCCGGCCCUCAGCGCGCUCGUGUGGCCGUGGGGGUCUCUGGUGCCCCGGGCCCCGGACCAGGCACAGGCUGUCCCGGGGCUCCUGGGAGGCUGGCGCUCAGCUGCCGCUGCUCUCCGCCCUCCACUUGCUCCAGAACAUCGGUUAAAUAGCCCGUUUCCUUUGGCCCAAGGAGUGGCCUGGAGAACACACCUUGGCAUGUGUUCUCCUCUCUGAAUCUUUGUGGGUUUUUUGUUUUAUUGUUGUUGUUUUGCAAAAUAAGUUUUUGGCAGUUACAAAACUACCCACAUAGGUCUCUACAGGAACCAGGCGAUGGGUGUUAAGAGACUUUAUCGUUUAUCUCAGGGACCUAAAACCUGAAUUUGGAUAAAGUUAAAUAAAAAACUUGUAUUUUAGUUGCUAGAUUUGUGGAUAUCUAGUCAUUAUAGUGGAAGAAGCUGCCAGAAGGGAGGGUUGAGGGGGAUCCAUGCAGUGACAAGGGUGGAAAAUAGUGUGGAGCCCUCCCUCUGAAGGAAGGCAAGCCAUCGCUCCCACAGAACAGGCAUGGUGGUCCUGGGAAAGAGGUGAAGCCGUAACUCUCAGCCCGUCAGAACAAGUGCGGCCUCCCCUUCCUCUGGGCUUACCCGGGCCUCUGGGGUGCAAGUUAUGCUACCAUGAGGUGAUGCUGCGUUACAAUCACUCCUGAUUAAGAGAUUUCACCUUAAUGUGUGUCAAACUCAUGUCUCCUGCUGUUUCUCCUUUGACCCCGCAUGGCCGCGGUGGGGCCACCCCUUCGGAGCCCGUGCUCUACGCCCACAGCUUCUCUUUGUAGCCCACGUCCCAGCCCCAGACAGAGCCGGGAUUUUCAGUUCUCCCCAUUACAGCCAAUGUAGCCCUUGCCGUGGAAAAUGUGACAGAAGCAGAGAAGUGGAAUUUCAGGGUCACACUGUGUAUCAUAAAGUAAAGCCAAUCCACCAAGGAUUCAGGAAGGUGACGUCCUUAGUUUGUGAUGCACUUUGCACUUCUGCCAUUUUAAUUUUUUAGCCACUCUGGGCUUCUGAACGCACAGGAGAGACAGAGGGGCCUGAGGUCCGGGGAUGGGACACCAUGCUUUGGAUCCAGCUACAGCUCUUCCCUUGCUGGGAGGGCAGUGGGGACGUCUGCCUUCCAUCACAGUCGGGUGGUUUUCACUGUCAGAGACGGAGGGUCCCAGCAGCGGGCUGGAAAGAGGAGGCCCAGCAAGGUCCUGCAGGCCUGCUCGGUAUUUGCAGGCCGUGGCUUUUGAACUAUAACUAGUGAAUGUGUACCUUUCACAAGCACUUUGGUGAACUGUAGAGAAGAAAGUAUUCUCAGGAUGUGUUCAAAGCUAAGAGAGUUUUAAUUUUAAAAAGAAACAAUCUGACAGCUUUCCUCAUCCGUCCCUCUCCCCUCUUUCCCCCCCUUGGUGGGGAGAUGGACGUCCUUCUGGGCUGGCCGACGUGUGACAGCUCCUCAGCGCCGGCCCCAGGGCCGUGCUGGCCUGGGUAGUGAAGUGCCCUGGUGUCGGUGGGAGUCCUCUGCCUUUCGAUGCCCCUCGGUGACUGUUAACCACCUUCUCUGGGACCGCUCCCAUGCUGGAUUUGGUGUAAACGGCAAAGUGAUGAUUGUGGAGGUGGACCUAUUAGGUCCUGUCUGUCUCUUGGUUGAAACUUCCCAGAAAAGCCCCACCAAGGGGUCUGUCACUUUGCUGUCCAUCCAUACUUAACGCCUAUUUAUCAACCCUGUUAGGUCACCUUUUGAACCAAGUAAUUGUAUUUACUCGGGGAAAGGUGUAGACUACAGAUUAGUAUUAUAUUAUUUUAAUGGAUUUAAAGUAAUUUAUAAGUAUGCUGAGUGUAAAUUUUUAAAAGACUAUGUAUUAUAAAAGGACAUAUCCUGUGAAAUAUAUCAUUUUACUGUUUAACAGAAUAAUUCUAUAAAAAAAAUGGCUUAUCUCACCCACAGAACUGACUACACUCCUGAUGCAAUCAGCAGGCACUUUGUAAUUUCCUUUGGCUUUUUUCCUUUGAGGGGGUAGACGUCAUUUGUAUGAAGUGCAGUUUGUGUCACUCAAAGUACGCACUGUACGGCUGCACACGAGCGGCCUGACGAGCGCAUCCCUCGGCGGCUCAUUAAAGAACGAAGCUUCCAGAGCA